AUGCUACUCGCGAUAGCCGUGAUUGUGGCGGCGACGGUGGCCGCCAACGGGCCUCGAGCCGAGGCAGCCAUCGGCUGCGGCUCAGUGGUCUCUUACCUGCAGUCGUGCGUGCCCUACAUAACCAACACGGGCCCUAUUGGCAGCUGUUGCAGUGGGGUCAACGGCCUGUACGUGGCCGCCAAGACUAAGGAAGAUCGACAGAGCGUGUGCGUGUGCCUGAAGACGGUGGUUGGCUCGUAUUCUGGGCUCGACCUUGGCAAGGUCGAGGGACUUCCCGCUACGUGUGGCAUCGACAUUCCAUAUAAGAUUAGCCCUUCUACCGAUUGUGCCAAGGUGAAUUGA